AUGGUCGUCGAUAAAACUCUAUACAAUGUAUUAGGCGUCGAACCAAAUUCCACACAAGAACAAAUUUCAAAAAUGCAACAAGUCAAUGCAGCGAGAGAAGUUUUGAUGGAUCCAAAAACACGAGAAAUGUACGAUCGAUAUGGAUUGGAAGGAAUGAAAACGGCGAUGAAUAACGAAAACUUUAAUUUCCCAGGAUUUUCAGGAAGUAUUUUUGAUUUAUUCAACCUAUUUGAACAUGGAAAUAGUAGUCAAGGGCGAUCAACAGUAAAUAAAGGCAAAGAUAUAAAACAUGUGCUAAGAGUUUCGCUAGAAGAAUUGUAUUCGGGAAGUACACGAACGAUAUUCAUCGAUUGUGACUUUGUUUGUGUCGAAUGUAAUGGAAUCGGUUGUCACGAUGGGAUUCCAUACGAAUGUAACAAUUGUCGAGGAACAGGAAUUGACAGAGUAAUUCAUCGUGUGGGUCCAAUGACUCAACAAAUACAGGAAAAAUGUUCAACGUGUAAUGGUGAAGGUUAUGUCAUGGAUUUGAUAGAUCGUUGCAGAACUUGUGAUGGUAAUAAAGUAAUUCAACAGGAGAAAAGCUUAGAUAUACAUAUUGCACAUGGAAGUCAACAUAGAGAAACGAUCAAAUUAAGUGGCCAAGGAAAUCAAAUUCCAAAUGGUGAAGCCGGCACAGUAUAUGUUAUUCUAGAACAACAACCACAUGCAACUUUCGAUCGAAAGGGAGAUGAUUUGAUAAUGACUAUGCAAAUCAAUCUUACUGAAUCAUUGUGUGGAUUUCAACGUACGAUAACACUAUUGGAUGGACAUAACAUUUUAAUCAAUCAUCCUCCUGGCAAACCCAUUGUACCUAACAGUUAUCGUUCUCUAAAAGGUUAUGGAAUGCCGAACAGAAAUACACAUACCUAUGGUAAUGUAAUUAUUCGUUUUGAUGUGAAAUUUCCUGAAGAUAAUUUUAUUCAAACUGAAAGUCAAUAUAAAGUAAAUUACUUGUUAUUUUAG